AUGCCAAUGACAGAAAAUACAUCACUGUGUUUGUCAGCAGUGAAGGAAAUGUUCCCUGAAGAAUGGAAUGUAACAUGUAGUGCCUGGUCACGAGCAAAUAAACCAGUGAUGGAAAUCAGUGACCUUAGUGAAGAGGAAUCAAAAGAUUAUCUGAUUAAGAGGUGCACAAUCGAAACAAAAGAAGGGAAUAAGAAAAAUGAAUGUAAGAUCAAAAAAGAAGUAGAUGAAUUAUAUAAAUUAGUUGGUGGAUGCAUUGUGGAUCUAAAGGCUGUGGUGGAUAAAUUUCUGGCUGGGCAGUCCUUAGAAGUAGGGAAGCACAUCAUCAGUGCUUUAUUGGAUUCUAAGGAGCUUAGCUUUACAACAUUUAUGGAAUUUUUCAAUAAGACAGAGGAAUCUGAUGAAAUGUUGGAAAACAAUGUAUUUGCAUAUCAUCCAGAAAAAAACACUGUGACAUUUCAGUCUCAGUUG